AUGGCGGGAGAUCCGUCUGGCACCGCAACUCUCUCAUUGGUGGAGGACUACCCCGAACCUCUAACAGUUGAGCAACGCAAUAUGAUACGGCAACACGUCGAGUGGUGUGUGCGGCGUUACCAAAGGGUGCGUAAAGGUGCACGUAUUAUUGACCGCGGUUUCAACAGUUUGCAGUCUCUGCUCACACGUCUCGAGAGGGAUCGGUUGCAAAUUCAAGCAAGCUUGGAAGAACUCACUUCGAGAGUAGGCGAAUGCUCAACUAAUGGUAGUACAGGAGUCGACAAGAAGGUGGUGCCUCCUUCCGCGGCUGAGGCCACUGCGGAUGGGGCGCAACAAACCGCAACUAGUGGAGAACCACCACGUGGUAAACGGCAAAGAGGGGGUUUGCUGCGUUCAGCCACCUUUGCAAACCUUCAUAGUGUUCUUACUGCUGCGAAGCGGGAGCAGAAUCAGGAGCAGCGGGUAAGUGUUGCGAUGGAGCGUGAACGGAUUGGUAAGAUGACGCAGUUGAAGAUAGUUGAGGAGGAUAUCGCCCAGCAGAAACAACACCUUUCCGCUAUUGAAGAAAAAUACAAGAUGAGCAACGGACUCUUGACAACCACAAGGAGUGAGGUGCUUGAGGCUUUACGACUUUACGACGAUUUGCAGCAGAUGGAAGUAAUGUACCCCUCGCGUUUCUUUUUGCGUGCUUCUGGUGUGCAGGGAGUGGAUGCAAACGAGGCUGAGGUCCCCAGCGAAUGUUAUGACGUAUUUUUCACGCCCGCAAAGUAUACUGAGGAGGUGCAAGACAUGAUACGUGAGCAGAUUGAAGAGAAGCUUGAUGAGUAUAUUGCCUUCCGGCGGCGUGUGGACCCUCUUCUGGAUUCAUUAGCGGAGCGGCGCCGACAGCGUCAAUCGGCCCGUGCUGGCCAGCUGCUUCGACUUAUUGGUGUUGAUCCAGACAGCAUGAAGGUGGACGCAAGCGGCAGCGCCACCUUCGGAGGAGUUGGGAUGCCAGCGGCAGGAGGUGCCCACGGGGAGGCAGCUGCGGCUGAGGGAGCAACAACAGUGGUCGAUGAUAACAGUGAUGUGGACAACAACGAGGAAAAUUAUGAUGAGCUCGACGAUGGCGAGGGCGCUUCCGUGGAGGCGGAGGAGAAGAGGCAACGUGACCAAAUUCAAUCAGCUCUAGCUGCAUUGGAUGACUUUGAUGAGUUGUACUAG